AUGCUCCUCUCUGGCCUGUUCGCAGCGUCGCUCGCGGCGUUGACGCAGAUUUCUUCCGCUGCCACUUUCUCCAAUCCGCUCAGGGAGACGGAUGGGAGCGAUCCGCAGAUCGUGUGGCAUGACGGGUACUACUACCUCAUGACAACGACGUGGACGGACGUUCAACUCACGAGGGCCACCACGCUUGAGGGAUUGAAGACGGGAGAGAGGAAGACGAUUUGGGUUGACAGCGACCCGUCGAGAUGCUGCAGUGUUUGGGCCCCUGAGAUUCAUCAACUCGAUGGUACCUGGUACAUCUAUUACUCUGCCGGAACUGCGGAAAAUCUUGACGGCCAACGUCCCCAGGUUUUGGAAGGCGGCGCUCACCCCUGGGAUGAUGACUACACCUGGGUAGCUACUCUCACCGAUACUUGGGGCAUUGACGGCACCGUCGCCACUAUCGAGGACUCGCGCUACUUUAUCUGGUCCUGCUUCGAGAACACAGAUAUCCAGUCCCUCUGCAUCGCGCCCAUGACCUCGCCGACCACGCUUGGCGACACCGUCCUCCUCUCGCAGCCGCUUGAAGACUGGGAACGCGUCGACACUCCCGUCAACGAAGGCCCCUACCUCCUGCAAUCCCCCUCCAGCGGAACGUACUACAUCGCCUACUCGGCCUCCUUCUGCUGGACGACGUCUUACCAGCUCGGCCUCCUCACCCUCUCCUCCACUUCCGCCGACCCUCUCGACCCGGCGUCCUGGACCAAAUCCGGCCCCGUCUUCUCCUCGGCCAACGGCAACCUCGGCACCGCGCACAACGCCUUCUUCUACUCGCCCGACGGCACCGAGAUCUGGAACGUGUACCACGCUACCAACGUCCCGACCGGCGCAUGCAAUGGGAGCAGGUACACAAUGGUGGAUCGGGUGAACUGGAACGAGGAUGGAAGCCCGGAUUUCGGUGUGCCGAGUCCGGUCGGCGAGGUGAUGGAGGGCCCGGCUGGUGAGCCGGAUGCGUGA